UGAAAAUACGAACAGCAGUGAAAAUACGAACGGUAGUGAAAAUACGAACGGCAGUAAACAUGAAGAUAACAACAUGAAUGGCAGUGAACAUGGAAAUGACAAUAUGAAUGGCGGAAAAUAUGGAGAUAACAACACGAGUGGAAGUGAACAUGGAAAUAAUAAUAUGAAUGGCAACGGUAAUGAAGGUUCAUCUACCAACUAUUUCAUCUUGGUCAACGAGAAUCCCUUCUCCUUUGCUAAUAGUGAUGAAAGUCACUCGUUCAGUUCUAAUCAGGAUUCUGCACUUACAUCUCCAAAUGAUGAUGUUUAUGGAAACGGCAACAAUCUUAACACAUCUCAACCUCCUGCAAGUGAUUUUAUUAUCUUAACCCACGAUAAUGACCAAAUUGAACCUGACUACUACUCUUCUACUAGCAAUUCAUUCCAAAAUGAUGGCAUUUAUCAAAGCAAUAGCAACUACAGAGAUAAUUCUCAUUCUGUUACGAAUGACUUAAACUCUCUUAUU